ACGCACUAUUAACAAGGAGGAAGGCACUGUAACAUACUUGACAAACACUCGUCAAACAUCUUUGGAAUUAUUCAUCAUGUGCAGAGGAUUAGACUCGCUGCCCAUCACCUGCCUGGAGAAGGCAAAGGAGCUGAAAGCUCUGUUUGGAAGUUUACUCCAGAAAUCAGAUCACAGCAUCACUGGCACUGGACAGUCAAAGAAAUGCAACAAACAAAGGUUAAACAUCAAUGAGCCUCUGAAAUGGAAAGAGUCAUUCGAGGAGUUGCUGUCCUGCCAAAAUGGACUGUGCCUGUUCAGAGCGUUCCUCGUCUCAGAGUUCAGCGAGGAAAACAUCGCCUUCUACUUGGCAUGUGAGGACUAUCGUGCAGCUAAACCUUCCAAACAGGCCACGAAGGCCAAGAAGAUUUACGACGAGUUCAUCGGGUUGGACGCAAAACGAGAGGUGAAUCUGGACCAUGUGACCAAGUCCAUCACAAAGGAGAACAUGGAGCAUCCCAGCCAGUCCUGUUUUGACCUGGCCCAAUCCAAAAUCUUCUCUCUGAUGGAGAAGGACUCUUACCCUCGUUUCCUCAAGUCUCCUUUUUACCUGGAGCUCAGCAGAAAGUCCAAGACCGGGUAAAAAUACUUCUUUUGACAAACUUUCCUGCAAGCAGCAGAUUUGUCAAAUAAGCUUUGUGACGCACAGCAGAGACUGGAACAGGUCAGACCUCAGUCCGAAGAGUUUCAUGUGGUCAUGGUUUGGAGAGCAGAGGUUCUACAUAGACGAGCAUCCAAGCUAGAAGCUGGAGGACCCUGUCCCUGCCGGGAGAAGACAUUGAAACAGACUGAGACGUCUCGUGCUGGAAGAGACGCAUGUGUUGCACAAACAUAAACAGAAGCAACAGUGGAAUAAAGUAGAGAGAACGUAAACAAGAAAUGAAUUCCACACAACAAAACUACCACUAGGAGAAAAUGUUUCUCCGUAGCAUUGAUGUUUAUUUAUUCUUUAUUUAUUAAGUUAUUUUAUAUGAUGUGAAAACUGCCUCGUAUUUGGUAUGUUUUUAUCUGAAGUACUGUAUGUGACACUAAGUGCUGUGAAUAAAAGA